AUGCUUCUUCGAGUACGAGGGCCUGAUGGCAUGAUCAGGGUGUCCCUGGAGAAGACGGACACCUUUGGCGAUCUCGGUCGAGAAAUCCUCCCCCAGCUACCCGAUACUGUCGAUCCGCGGACCCUUACCCUCUCCAACGCACCGACUGGCGGCGACGUCAAGUACUUGAAGGAUAUUGCCAAUUUCAAGAUAGGACAGGUGGGCUUGAAACAUGGCGACCUCAUCUUCAUAACAUACAAGCACCGAGCCGCGUCUGCUGUCACGGACCAAAACGGUGACUCGACCACUGCUACCACAUCAUACAGGUUGAACGGUAAACCGAUCCUGCCCAGCGAAGAAGUCCCGCUUCCGAACCCUGAUAUCGUUACAGUAGCGGAGGGCCCUCGCCCUUGGGACACUGUCAAGCAGUCUCCACUAGAUGACCUAUUAGACAAGAAGGAUGGCAAGAUCCCAAGACAGCGCAAUGCCAUGUGCCGACAUGGUCCCAAGGGAAUGUGCGACUACUGCAUGCCCCUCGACCCAUUUAAUCCCAACUACCUUGCCGACAACGGCAUCAAAUAUUUGUCAUUCCACGCGUACCUGAAGAAGAUUAAUUCGGCGACGAACAAGCCCGAGCACGGGAGCUCCUUCAUUCCUCCCCUUUCCGAACCUUUCUACCGUGUCAAACCAGACUGUCCUUCCGGACACCCCCAGUGGCCCGAAGGCAUUUGCAGCAAGUGUCAACCUAGCGCCAUUACGCUACAGCCCCAACCCUUCCGAAUGGUAGACCACGUCGAGUUCUCGAGUCCAGAAAUUGUCGACUCUUUCAUCAAUGCCUGGAGAAAAUCCGGCAGCCAGAGGCUGGGUUUCUUAUACGGUCGGUACGCCGAAUAUACCAAAGUACCCCUUGGAAUCAAGGCGGUAGUAGAAGCGAUAUACGAACCUCCUCAACUCGAUGAGAGCGACGGCUUGACGUUAGAGGCGUGGGAGAAUGAGAAGGAGAUCGACGAGGUCGCAAAGUUGUGCGGGCUAGAACGAGUGGGUGUGAUCUGGACAGAUCUUCUCGACGCCGGUAACAAGGACGGGUCUGUUAUAUGUAAGAGACAUAUCGACUCUUACUUCCUAUCGUCCCUUGAAAUCUGCUUCUCCUCCCGUCUUCAGGCCCAACAUCCGAAGACGACGAAAUGGAGCCACAGCGGCCGAUUCGGGUCUCCGUUCGUAACAUGCGUCAUCUCCGGCAACGAGCGCGGCGAGAUCGACGUUUCGGCUUAUCAAAUGUCGAACUCUGCCGUAGAGAUGGUCAGGGCAGACAUCAUCGAGCCGUCGGCUGACCCGGGCGUCAUGCUUGUCCAAGAGGAGGAGGAGGAUCCCACCGUCGCGCGGACUAGGUAUAUUCCGGAUGUAUUUUACCGAAAGAUGAACGAAUACGGCGCCAACGUACAAGAGAAUGCGAAGCCAGCAUUCCCUGUCGAAUACCUCUUCGUCACUCUGACUCACGGUUUCCCCGAUGAGCCGAACCCCGUGUUCACGGAGCCUGGGUUCCCAAUCGAGAAUCGCGGAUACGUGGGCGAGAGCCAGGAGCACUCGGCCGUCACAAAAAUGCUGAGGCGAUCUAGUGGCAAGGACCUUUCUUCCAUUUCCAACUUUCAUCUCCUAUGCUUCCUCCAUCAAAUGGGUGUUCUAUCAAAGGACGAGGAAGCACUCCUAUGCAGAGUCGCGUCCCAGCACGACCUCGCCGAUUCAUAUCAAUUGCAGUCCACCGAGGGCUGGCAGACCCUCAAGGCCAUCUUGCAAUCGACUGGUGAGCCCUCUCCAACCCCACGUUCCAAGCGCUCACGGGGGCCCGAAGACAACACAUCUCCGAGUGGAGCCUCAGUGACCAAAAGACGCCGCGGGGAGGAGCCGCGCGCAGUCGAGGGCCGUCAGCUGCCCAAAAAAGAGCCAACCGUCGAAGCGCCCCUUGCUAAACGUUUGUCUGCCGUUAGGCUGAACGACGACAAGUCUUCUGGGAAGAAGGCUCGUUCGAGUCGCGGGAGCACGGAGGAUGAGGACGUGGUCGUUAUAGAAUAA